ACACUCCAUAUGAGGGAGGACAAACAGUAGUAUACAAUUUGUAAGCAAGGCUCAACUCAGUCUAACAAGUUUACUGAGCACAAAAUUUCACACUAUUCAUUUCAGUGAGUGUAGAUUGGUUUGUUGUCAACUUAUUUCAUGAAUUGCACUUUCUUAAGAGAAAGGUUCCCAAGGAGAAGACUCCAUGGGGUUGCAGUGUCUCUGCCUUGCUUCAGGGAACAAAGAGCUGGGAGAAGCCUGGGUCAGCAGCAGUUGUUCUUGUAGGAGAACUUGGUGGGGCAGGAACUGCUUGCCUUCCAGGUGUGAACGUGGGGACCAAGAUGGUGCCCUUGUGUCUGAACAGAUCCUUCCUCUCCACCCUGUCCCUGCCAGGCCUGCAGGUGCUAUGGAGGACAAGGAGAGAAGUAGGAAGAUUGAAUAUGGAAGAGCUAUUGCAGCAGCUUGGCGGCUUAGCCGGGCCACAGACGCGAUGGAGGAGGAGGAGAGACAGAGGAAGAUUGAAUAUGGAAGAGCAAUUGUAGAAGUGUGGCGGCUUAGCCAGCCCUCAGACGCAAUGGAGGACAAGGAGAGAAGGAGGAAGAUUGAAUAUGCAAGAGCAAAGCUUGCUCAGUAUCGACAAAGAAUAGCCCAAUUUGAUGGGCAGACUACUAAGAAGAGUAAAAAAGUUUCAAUCUGUAAAGAAGAUGAACACAGCUCAAAUAUUAAUGAACAUGCAGAUGAGGUGUUUAAGAAUGUUUCUCAAGGUGUAGAGACUAAUGGGAAUCCUGAUUGCACCGAACUGAUAUUAUUUCCCAGUGGACAAGCAAACAAGCACAAUCAGGUCUUAGCUGAGACCCAUGCCAGCAACAGUGAACCUGCUGCUCAGAGUACAGAGGAUGAGAUAGCCAGCCUUGUGUGUGCUACUUGGGUAGCUUUGGAAGGGUAAUAUUGGAAGAAUGAGUGGGAAUCAUCGAGAGGUUAACAAAAAAGGAAGGGAAGCAAACUGUGCAGAAAUAAAGGCAUUUGCAAAGAUAAAAAGCAGUAUGCUGUGUGAUCUUGAAAUAGGAGAUCGAUUCCAUAUGGAUUCCAAAGGGAAGGGGUAAGGUGGUGGUAAUUUUGAGGUUUUGGAAAUGGUGCUCAGGCCAGCUCCCCUAGAAAUGCUCAAUUAAUCCUAAUUCCCCAAGUCCCCUCCCCCUUGUUUAAUGGUGCAACUUUCUGAAAUGGUUUAAUUAGAAUGAAUUAAAAUUGUUGGUAGGUGAUUGGCUCACCAACCAAAUGAGAAAUAGAGGGAUGGGUUACUCAGGAGAGUAUUAGGAGGAUGGAUAUUAUUUUAAUUUUGUGCUACAGUAUAUUUAUGUAGAAAUAAGAUUAGAAUAGAUAGGGACUGUACUAGCAAGGGUUUCUAUUUCUGUGACAAAAUACCGCACCCCAGAAGCAGGGUGGGGAGGAAAGUGUGUCUUCGACUUAUGCUGCCACAUUUCUGUGCAUCCCUGAGGAAGUUAGGACAGGAACUCAAAGAGGACAGCAGCUGAUGCAGAGGCCAUGGAGGUGCUGCUUACUGGUUUGCUACCCAUGGUUUGUUCAGCCUCUCUUCAUACAUGGGAAACUUCAGCACAUGGAGACUGAAGUGGAAUGUAGUUUCAUUUCUGCUAUUGUAAUAAA